AUGUCAGCAGCUUUCAUUGUCUCCGUCAUUGCUGGCGGCAUCAGCUGUGUCGCUUUAGUAUGGCUGAUACGUGGUCUCGCCGACUUCAUCCCUACUCGCUACAAGCCAGCUGAGAAGCCUCAGGAUGAUCACAUUCAGGUUCUUGUCGUUGGCGAUGUCGGUCGCAGUCCUCGCAUGCAAUACCAUGCCUUGAGUGUUGCCAAGCAUGGUCGAAAUGUCGAUAUCGUGGGUUACAAAGAAACCGCAAGACACCCAGAUCUAAUUGGGAACCCUCGGGUCACUAUGUAUGCGCUCCCACCGCAGCCAGAAGUGCUCCAAUGGGAGACUUUACCAUUCUUUCUCAAUAUUCCUCUCAAGGUCCUUUGGCAGUUCUGGGGUUUAUUCCAUACUUUGAUGUAUGAAGCCCCUGCUGCUAAAUGGAUUAUCAUCCAGAACCCUCCAUCAAUUCCCACAUUCCAUGUUGCCCUCAUGGUCUCCCUCUUCCGAGGCAGCAAGCUCGUAGUAGACUGGCACAACUAUGGCUACACCAUUCUUGCACAGAACAAGUGGUAUUAUAAGCCACUGGUCCCCGUGUAUCGUUGGUACGAAACUAGCUUUGGGCGUUAUUUGGGAGACGUCAACCUCGCCGUCACCGAUGCUAUGGCCCGCCAGCUAAAGGUGAAGCCUUUCAGCGUAAAACGUCCUGUCUACACGCUGCACGACCGACCCGCGGAGGUUUUCCAACCUAUUCUCUCAAAUGCAGAGCGCUUAGCGUUUUUGUCUCGACUUCCAGAGACCAAGGACAUUGCUAAAGAUAUUGUAGACGGCGCAGUUCGUCUGAUUGUCAGCAGCACUUCGUGGACUCCAGACGAGGAUUUCGGCCUGCUUCUCGAUGCUCUGGUGUCCCAUGCCAGCUCACAGGAGGCAUUGCCCAUUCUCGCUAUCAUUACUGGAAAGGGACCACAGAAGGAACAUUACCUGGAGCGAAUACAAACGCUCCAAGAAGAAGGAAAACUCCCGGGUGUCCGUGUCAUAACAGCUUGGCUCUCCACAAGGGAUUACGCCUCACUCCUUGCUUCAGCAGACCUCGGUAUUUCGCUGCACAAGUCUAGUUCAGGCGUUGAUCUUCCCAUGAAGGUGGUAGACAUGUUUGGCGCGGGUCUUCCUGUUGCGGCCUACGCAGCUUUUGAGAGCUUCAGCGAACUUGUUAAGGAAGGGCAAAAUGGCUGCGGUUUCGAAACCUCGUCCGAGUUGGCGGACAUUCUCAUGCGACUGCUAGGAUUUUCUGGACAAGAAGAGCUGGCUCAUUUGAAGAAGGGUGCCGUUAGUGAAGGUGCCUUGAGAUGGGAUCAAGAAUGGGAUCGUGUAGUUGGAAAAGUCAUUGGGCUUGUGGACGAAGAAAGCACUUAG